AUGGUGUCGUACCGGUCGGUGCUUCAGACGGUAGAGGCGGCACUGGGGCCUGACGGCCGGCGGGGCAAGCAGCUGACGGCGGCACAGCGCGGCGACCUCUUUUACGCGCUCUCUCUCGUCGAAGAUGACCUCAGGAACCUGCUGGUGAAGAAGCCCCGGGACGAGCAGCAGCGCGCGCAGGUGCGCAGCAAGGAGGUGCCGCUGCCGGACGGCCCUCCCGCUGUGCUCGACGCCAAGGACGUGCAACUGGCGCUGCAGCUGAGCGAUGCGUUUGGCAUCAACGAGGUGGACUGUGUGGCGCUGCUCGUGGCAGCACACCACGAGUGGGGCAUAGCAGGGCGGGCGGACAGUGACGUGGUGCGGCUGGCAGCAGGGCUGUGGUUCACAGAGAGGCGGGCGCUACUCUCCACGCUCUUCCUCCUCCUCAAGGUGCCAGUGGUGGGCGGGUGGGUGACAGCACCACAGACCCCGUACUGCUCGACCCCAUGCACCGCUACCUGUUCUCACUCCCCAACUGUCAACCCACUGUCGCCCCCCUCUCCUUCUCCCCCCCACAUUCUUCUCCGCCCACGUUCCUCCCCGUCACAUUCUUCCCCUCCCACACUCUCCCCCACCCCCCCUUUCCCUCGCAUGCAGGUGGCAGUGGUGAGCGACAGCACCACAGACCCGCUACUGCUAGACCACGUCCGCCGCUACCUGCACUCGCUGCUCCAAUCAGGCCUCACCGCCCGCCUCUUCCGCCUGCUUCGGGAGCUCAACCGACCCGACGCCGCUGGUUCGGGCUCCCCGAGCCUAGCUCUCGUGGUGGCGGGGGCCGCCCCCCCUGCUGGAGCGUCGCCUGUGGCAGGGGGAGGGGAGGGGGGAGGGGGAGGCGGAGGAGGGGGAGUGGACCCCAAGGAGGCCAAGGAGCUCCUCCAGAUGUUGCAGGAGCACGACAGAUCAGCUCCUCACCUUCCUCCAUACCCGCUGUGUUACCCCAAGGAGGCCAAGGAGUUAUUCGAGCUGCUGCAAGAUGCCGCCCGUGACUGGUCCGCCGCUGCUGCUGCCUCCUCCUCGCCCUCGUCCACCGCCCUCGCCCUUCCCCCUAUCCCCGCGCCCUUCUCUCUCCCUGCCGCUCCCUCACCCGUGCCCACCGUCACCUCCGUAGCAACUGCCAGCACGGCAACAGCAGCGGUGGCGCUGCACAUCACCUACACGCUCAUGUUCGCGCUGCUGCACGCCCUGCUCUCCGACUCUCUCGCCUCCCCCUCCUCCGCCGCUGCCUCCGCUGCUGGGGGGCCUGGAGGGGCGGCUGUGCCUUCUGCUGCCGCCCCUGCGUCCCCUUCUGUCUCUUCAGCCCUGCCUGCUGUGCUCGCGCCCAAUGAGGCGUUUCGGAAGGAGUUCAGCCGAUUGGUACUUAAGACAACACCAUCCCCCACUGCCCCUUCAUCCUCCCACGCACUCGUCCCAUUCCAAUCCGGCCCGCACUCCCUCCCCCCUCAGCCCUCCCCCUCUGCCUCCACCUCCUCCCCACCCACCUCCUCGCCCCUCACCCCCCCUGCCCCUGAUGACGUCAUCUCUGUCAUUCGCCUCGCCUGGGCCGUGUUCCUCGCCAACACCAGCACUCUUCCAGCCUUCUCCGCCCCGAGUCUCUCCCCCUCCCGAACCUCCGGCCGAGGCUCGGUUGCAGCGGCAGCCCUGGCAGCAGGAGGCUCGGGAGAGGAGGUGGUUGGGGAUGAGGUGGCAGUGGCUCGGGAGUGUUUAAAAGACGAGACUUUGUUAAGUGCCACGACGCUGCUGCUGCAGCAUGUGAUGUCAUCUGCUGUGUUUGAAAACGACGAUGAGGAUUUAACGUUCACUUACAUGGUCUACACCCACAAGCUCCUCUCGUCUUUCUUCCUCCAGCCAAUCACGCGCGAGCGAAUCCGGGAGCUGCGCCACGCCUCCCUCUCCCUCCCUUUCCUCCCCGCCACGUCAUCUUCCGGCCGUCCAGCUCACGCUGACGUGGACAAGGCUGCGCGCUUAGCUGGCGCGUACCCCCACAGCAUGGGGCGCAGCGUGGCUCGGAGUUUAGAGGAGGAGGAUGAGCGAGAGCAGAGGCAGCAGCAGAGGGAGGAGGCAGAGGCACAGGAACAGGUGGCGGUGAGGGGUAGGGCGUAUCUGGGGUUGCUGCAGCUGGUGGGGGCGGUGUAUGCGCGCCAGCCGGAGCUGAUGGCAGGAGGCGGCGUGCUUUGGCAGUUUGUGAUGUACGUAGGCGAGGAGCAUAGAGGGGCGGCGUCACUGGUGGCGUUUCUGAACCUGCUGGCACAGCUGGCCACAGGAGAGGAAGGUUCUCGGCAGGUUCAUGAGCUCAUGAAUGGGCGGCAUCUGCGGUCUGUCAGCUGGCAUGCGCUGAUGCAAUCAUUGCAGGCAUAUGACGAUCGCCUGCGCCAAGCCUUCCAGGACCCCUCCCUACCAUACCACCAGCACCACCAUCACCACCAGCAGCACCACAGCGCCCUCUUCCCCCCAGAGGACGCGGCAGUGCUGGAGGCAUACCUCAUGUGUCUGCACCAGGUGCUGCGCCACUCGCCCCCGCACCUGCGCACGCGCCUCUUCUCCGACGCCUUCUUUGACGCGCUCUUCCGCCUGCUCCCCCACGCCGCCGUCCCCCCCGCCCUCAAGGGCGCCCUCCGCUCCGCCAUUGCUGCCUUCCUCGGCGCCCCCGCCACCGUUGCUGCGCUUACCACCUCCACCGCCCCUGCUGCUGGGGUCACCACAGCAGCUGUUGGUUUCAGUGGUGCCAUGGCAGCAGGAGCGGCUGCUGGUGCUGCUGGUGGAGGGGCGGCAGCAGGGGAUCUGAUGGCACUGGCGGCAGCAGCGGCGGGGCUGACGGGGGCGGCGGCGGCAGCGCUGGCAGCAAGGACGUGGGCGCUGGAGGAAUUUUACGAUCUGCCGCCCUCGGCUUCUGCAACCAUGGAGGAGCAACAGCGCCGCACUACAGCGCCGUACGACAUGGGCAUGGAGCUGAGCGAGGUGGAGGCGAGGGUGGAGGAGUACCCCUCAACGCUCUCCUACCUGCGCCUGCACAACACACUGCUCGCCCUCGACCCCCUCUCCCGCCCCGCCAGGUUCCUCGACUAUUUCCGGUUCGUGACCAGCAGUGUGUUUGUGCCGUACACGCGCCGAGUGUACGCGCGGGCAGACGAGAUGUGGCAGCUGCUGCUCGCCUCACUCUCCCUCUUCCACCUCUCCCUCCUCCUCCUGCACCGCUCCCCCCUCCCCUCUGCACCGCCUCUCACCGCCCUCUCUGCUGCCUCCUCCUCGUCGGGCAAUGGGCUGCUGCCAGCUGGUGCCACACCGGGGCUGCUGCUGAUGAAGGACUUCCUAUCAGCAGGCCCAGCGCUGCGCAACAUCAUCGCCAUCAUCACAGCGGGCCCAGAUGCCCUUCUAGAGGAGCGUGCGCUGCGCCCGCAGGCGCUCUCAUUCGCCCUAGAAGACACCGUUGCUGCCUGCCUGCGCCUGCUGCUCCUCGCGCUCACCCUCGACCAAUCCCUGGCCGACACCUGGCAGCCCGCCGUGCGCCCGCUGCACCUCGUGCUCGCGGAUGACGUGGCGCUCGUGACAGCUGUCAUGUCCUUCGUGCGCUACCAGCCGUCGGAUGCCAUCCAACGGUCGGCGAUCGAGCUCACAAGCGUCUUCAGUGCGCGUGGCGUGCCACUUGUCGCGAUGGCAUUGGAGGCGGGCAUGGUGCAGCGAUUGGUGGAGGACUUUGCAGAGUGCCUUGACGUCAGCGCCAGCACCGUGACUGUACAGGGCGUUGCUGCUCAUGGUGACGCUGCUGGCGUGGGUAAGGAUGGUGGAGGAGAGGAGGAGGAAUGCGGGGAGGAGAGCGAGGAGACGGACUGUGCCACGCUCAUUCUCCAGCUGCUGCUGGCGUCGCUAAGAAGGCAGCGGCCCACACUGGCGCACAUGCUGCUGGGCUUUGAUGUCGACAGGCCGCUCGCUGCCUCCCUGCUGCAGCCCAACCGCCGCUUCAGCGCCCUCCGCAUUCUCCUCGACCUUGUGCUCUCCACAGGAGCAGACGCCGACUCCGACCAAUCAGACGCCACCGCACCGCCACGUGUCAGCCUGCGGUUGGCGCGCCUGCGGGAGAUGAGCGUGCGAGUGCUGUACCACCUAGCAGCAGACCCCGCCACGUCAGCGCCCACAGCAGUGCUGCUGCAGGCAAAGCCGCUGAGCUUCUUUGCUCCGCUGCUCUCCUCCGCACUCUCAGCGCCUCUUCCUCACCGCAGCAGCUGCCCCGGCCACCGCGUGGCGGCCCUGCACGAGCGUGCGUGGCUGCUGAAGCUGCUGGCGCUGGCCCUCCACACAACGCCCCCUGCCCCGCACGCCCACAAGCACCACCACUCCCACCAUGCCGCCCACUCUGCCACCGCCGGGCGGCAGCUGGAGAUCUGCCGGCAGAUUAUGUCGGCACUGUUCAUGGCAGACGGGGGUGUGGGGGGGGCAGAGGAAGUGGGGGAAGGGGGGAAUGGUGCGCUGGUGGUGUGGGGAGGAGGGGAGCAGCAGGCAGAGGGUGUGAGGGGAGGUGUGCUGGGGGCGACUCAGCUGUUGGAGUUGUUCCUCUUCGCCCUGCCGGACGUCGCCCCCAGCUUCCCGCCGCACAUCGCUGCCGUGCACCAGCAGCUGCAGCUGGAGGAGCUGCUGGGGACAGCAGCAGGAGUGGCGGAGGGGGGCGUGUUUGAAGUGAAUGAGAGGGGCGACCGCCUUGUGGACCUGCGUGCUCUCUCACACAUCCUCACCCACAGGUUUGCCUUGCUGGAAGCACAGCGAGGUCCGGGAGCACCGUUUCUCCCAGGCCCUAACCUGGGGGUGGCAGGCUCGGCAGCAGGUUCGGCAGAGGUGCGGCAGGAGGCAGUGAGGGAGGCGUUGAGGUUCGUGUGGCGGCGCAACCGAGUGGAGGAGGAGGCAGCAGCGCAGCAGCAUGUGGCUCUGGCGUGGGCACAGCUGCUGCAAAUGGCUCUCUCCAGAAGAUUUGAUCUGCUGCCACCACAUGCCAGGCUGGAAGCCUUGCUGCAGCUGCUCUCCGCGUGUCUGAGAGCCAUCGCUGCACCUCACACUCCCCUCACCCUCGCCAAGCCCAUCUCCCAGGUGGUCCUAGUGGCAUUCCUGCAGCUGCAGCACCUCUCCUCCUCCUCCUCGCCCACCUCCAUUGACACUCCCUCCUCUGACGACGCGGGCGAGGUGACGUGGAGCGACGUGAUUGGCCACUCGUCCCUCUCCGACACAAGCAGCAGGGAGGGGCUAGGAGGCGGGGCAGGGGGUGGGGGGGCAGGAGGAGGGUUGAGUGGGCGGCGGCAGGAGGUGAGUGGGCGGCGGCAGGAGGUGAGUGGGCGGCAGGAGGAGGUGAGUGAGCAGCAGGAGGAGGUGAUUGGGCGGCAGGAUGAGGUGAGUGGGCGGCAGGAGGUGGGUGGGUGGCAGGCGGGGUUGAGUGGGGAGCUGGGAGGAGUGAGUGGGGGGCAGAAGGAGAUCACCUCUCUCCCUCACAUUCACUCUCCACUGUCCCUUUCUCCUCCAACCCCUUCCAUCUCCAUCCUUCCAUCAAUCGCCACCCUCUCCCCCUUCUCCCCCUUCCCUUCCCCCUCUCUCCCCCCCUCUCCCCGCUUCCCAUCCCUCUCCACCCCCCUUCUAUCCCCCGCCAGGCUCUACACGUCACUCCUCACCUUCCUCGCCAUCUGUGCGCGCCGCUUCCGCAGUGCUGACGUGGACAUCUCGCCAGCUGUCAUGGCCGUCAUUCUCAAGGAGCUGCCCGGGGAAGAAGCUUCCUCCGACCGCUCCCUUGAUAUGGUGCGCUUGCUCGUGGGUGUUGGUGGGGUGGAAAGGGAGGGUGGAAUGGGGGGAGGUGGGGUGUUGGGAAGGGAAGAGACCUCCUCUGACCGCUCCCUGGAAAUGGUGCGCUCGUGGGUGAUGGUGGGGGGGUUGGGUUAG